AUGGAGUCCAACCUUGACGUGGGCAGCUGCUUGCUGGACGAAUGCUCCAGCAACAGUUCGCUGCGAAAAUUCUCGGCCUUGUCGGCCACGUCGAGCCUCCUCAACGUCGCUUCUGAGGGCUCGAUGAGUCGAAAACGGAGUAUUCGUGAGCGAAUGAAGGAGAUCGAACAGCGUCGUCAUCCCAAGAAACCUACGCCGCCGAGUAUUUUUGAAGCCGCUCAGCUCAUCGGAAAGUUCAACGGUCAACGGAUUGAUCUCCUUUCUGGUGGGUUCGAUAUUUUCAGACCUAGAUUUUUUUUUCGAUUCUAACGUUUUUUUACAAAUUAUUAAACUUCAAAUAAAGGCUACCAACUUUUGAAUUUUUCUCCUGAUAAGUUCAGAAACUCCAAGCGUAACGAUUUUAAUAUUUCAUAUAUAUUUAUUGAUCAAUUUUAAAAUAAAAAAAACAGAACUUCUUACAAGAAAGUGUGAGAAAAAAAGCCCUAAUAGUUGGUUGUGGAAUUUCUGCCAAAAAGAUGAAGAAAAUAAGUUUUAGAAUUCUUAGUUCUUGAUUAACGUUGCAUUGGAAGUUUUUCAAUUCAUUUUUGGACUGUAAUUUUUAUUGAAUUUUUAUUCUGGGCUUUUCACCUUUUUCCCCUUUUUUUAACGAAAAUUUCUCAAGUGGAAAAUCGGCCUUUUUUUGAAUCUUAUUGGGAUCAGUAUCAUUUCCUUCUUCCCAGUAAUUUUUUAUUGUUCUUUAAAUUUUUUUGUAAUUAUUUUUCGAGAAAGUUUGGUGUAUCGAAAGAUCAGAAAACACAUCUCCAAUAGGAAAAAAAGGUCGAAAAAAAUUUAUUAUUCUAAAAAUUUUUUUCAUAGUGUUGGUUUUUUUCCAUUUUCAAAAAAAAAGUUUCAUUAAACAUUUCACUUUAAAAAAACUUUCUGUAUUUGAUUAUGAUCUUUAAUUUUUUGUAGGUCAUUAUUUAAGUUCAUUUUCACAGCUUGUGCUCCUCUUAGCUCAUGAAAACAGAAAUUUCCUCAGAAAGUCAUUAAUUUUUCUGCUUUUCUAAAACUUCAACCUGAAGUCAAAUAAACUUGUUAGUUUUUUUUCCUGCGUUUUCUUGGACUCAAUCGCCAAGGCACUUGUCAUUGUUCUCUUUUAUAAAUGGGCAUUGUGGUAAAGGCAUAUGUCUUCAGACUACUCGGCUCUCUGCACGAUUGUUUCAAGAAUUCUCAGGUUUUUGAAAGAAAGAGGCUUUCGCCUUUUGGGCUGUCUUGGUGA